UAUUAUAUAUUGCUGGUUGGUUUCUUGGUGAAAGUUUGGGUUUUCCCCCCCUCUAAGGAUUGUUGUCUAGUAAAUCCCCACAGAAUGUGUGAUCAGUUCUUAGGAACCUGGAAACUUAUCUUCAGUGAAAAAUUUGAAGAUUAUAUGAAAGAAUUAGGAGUGGGCUUUGCCAUGAGGAAACUAGGCAGCCUGGCAAAGCCUACUGUGAUCAUCAGUGCUGAUGAGGAUAUGCUAACAAUCAAAACAGAGAGCCCUGUUAAAAAUACAGAGAUCUCCUUCAAGCUGGGCCAAGAAUUUGAGGAAACCACAACAGAUAACAGGAAAACUAAAAGUGUUGUAACCUUGGACAAUGGCUCAAUGAUUCAUGUGCAGAAAUGGGAUGACAAAGAGACCACAAUAAAGAGAGAGGUGGUGGAUGGGAAGAUGGUCGUGGAAUGUACCAUGAAGUAUACCAUCUGCACUAGAGUCUAUGAAAAAGCAUGAGGAAACUAUCUGCAGUUAACUGCAACUUGCUGCUGGGAACUGGCUCAGUUCCACAAGAUAAAGGCUACUGUUUUCCUUCUGUUUUGUAAAAGUUUUGAAUAGUCACGUGCCCGCAAUGUACCAUACUUCAGCUUAGUUGCUACUUGUUUGAACUGGGGCUAGUGAAUAAAAUAUUUCCAGACUAAUGACCUAGAGUAUUUGUGUGGUGGUCACGCCUGCUCCCUUAGAAAGAUAUGCUUAUACUGCAAUCAGGCCACAGUCUGGGCCCCUCCCAAAGUGUCCUAGAGCCCAGGGCAGCCUGAGCCCAAAUGUCUAUACUGAAAUUACACAGUGCCUUAGCCCCAACCCACAUCAGCUGGCAGAGACCACCCACAAGUGUCUAAUUGGGGGGAAAAGAUAUACCUGAAGUGGCCUACUUGACCUUGAUUAGGGCAGGAGUGCCCCAAAAAGCCAAACCAUAGGCACAAGAUUCGCUUCUCCCCAUUCUGGGGGGUUAACAAAAA